AUGACACAUACUGAUCUGUCAGAGGUACUUGAUCGGUUGCUUCCAAAGUGUGACUGUAGAGGAAGCUCAUGCUUCAAUAGUGUGACAGGCAAUGAAGACACAGUCAAACAGAGACAUGACAACAUCAUCACCAGUGUAUUGCUCAACAAGACAUUGUUUAGAACGAUUGUCUAUGUUGGGAGACUGCCACACGCAUCAAUGUUCAAACACUGCAAUCCAAGAAUCUACAAGUACGACGAGCUCAACGAUGCCGACAUAAUGUUGUCAGAGACUCACCAGUGGCACUAUGUUCUUGUCGAGCGACUUCAACGCCAACCCAACAACAGCAGCAACAAAGUGCUUUGGACACACACUAGCUUAGAGAAGCUCAUCGAGUUGAUGCCAUACGCAGUGUUCAAACAUGUCUUUGACACAAACAGAUACACAAUGCUUUAUUAUCAUAAUCUACUGAUAUGCUAUGCUGUCAAGUACGGCCGACUCGAUGUGUAUAAGUUGCUCGAGGCGCAGGCUCAUGACAACCCAGACAUCUUCAAAGUCAUCUUUGAUCAUGCGGGCAUGACGUCUAAUAACGGGCGACCGAUACAUUUGGAGAAGCACCAAGACCAUCUCGUGACGGCUAUCAUUCAUGGACGAUUGGCGAUGUUUGAAUACCUUCUGUCACAGACCAAUUCGAUUGUUGUCACUAGUGGCUUGGAGGCAAGGAAAAGAAAGGUAGAGGAAAAACAUAUCAAGGACUGGCAGCAGAUGGCAACAGCACUCAGACUUUUGAUCACAUUCCUCAAUGGACUGCCCUCAGCUCCAAGAGUGGAUCAACUUAUCAUUUGUCCUUUGAGAGUGCUGUUGAGAUGCCAAGACGUUGAACUGGUCCGACGUGCAGUCAAUCAUAUCUCAUUCAAUUACACAGAUGUGAGCCAGUAUUGUGAAAGUGCAUUCCGUCCGACGACUGGUAUCCAACAAGACAAAGUCCAUGCACUCUAUUGCUCAGAUCUGGAGCAGCCUGCUGAUCGGGCACAAUUGGAGCACUCACUCAACUUCCUCAUUCAAGUAUACGCCGCCUAUCAAAUUCCAGUGCCGCCCACCAAUCAACAAUACCAAGCAUGCGAGUUGGUUCUCAAUGAAGUUGGAAUGAUAUUCCUCAGGGUCUUUGCAAUCAUGUCACAUGGUGACAACCAGCCAGACCUCCUAUCAUUCAUUAGGAAGGGUAUCUUCAUGAAUGUGCACCAGGAAUACCAACAAACUCAUUUGGAGUCAUUCAUUCAAUACUUCCUCUCAUUGGAAAUGAAGGGAUAUGGCCAGGUGCUUGGACUGGAGACUAUCUGUACAUUUGGCACUUUGGACAUGGUCAAGACAGCUCAUCAGAUCGUGUCUCAAGUUCAAGUUCGUUACAAGGGUGAAACAAUCUCACUUAACAUUGGCAUGGAAAAUGUGUAUCCCAUGACAUUGGAGAUCAUGGAGUAUAUCCAACUUCACAAUCUGUUCUCAAUUUCCAGCGUCAAGAUACUCAAUCAUGUUGCAUCAAUGGGCCGUCCAGACCUUCUCAAAGCAUACCUCGAAACAUAUCCCAAUGUACUCAGCAAACAAACAAAUCAACCAUUCUAUUUUAAAGCAAUCAAUAAUAACCUGGAACUCAGUGGCAAGGAUACAAACAACGAUGCCAUUCGAUCAAUCUUGGUGGCUGAGUAUACGAACCCAAGGAUAUCAAUGACUGGUCGUUCCGGCCACGCCAGAAAUGGAAUGCUGAUCCAGCUGUGA